AUGCGACCGACAUUCUCAUCGUCACCAUGGGUCUUAUUGACUUCAUUUCUUACUCUCUUAUCUUGCGCAUCAGCAUCCACUCGAUUAAUUGAAUCCAAGUCCCUGAACGCGUGUCAGGACAACUCGAGUUUCACGGCAACAUUAUUCGAUGUCGUCUUCACACCUGGAAAUCUAACCUUCACAUUCGAUGUAGUGGGUGUCUCUUCGAUUCAAGGAAAUGUUACUUUCGAUGUUGAAGUCACGGCGUACGGAUAUCCCAUUUUAAAUCGGGUCAUCGAUCCAUGUACCUCUGGAUUCUCUGGUCUCUGCCCAAUGAGUACUGGUCAAAUCGAUAUUCAAUCUAACAUUGUUGUUCCUCAAUCUACCGUUGAUAGUAUUCCAUCAAUCGCAUACGGAGUACCGGAUUUGGAUGCUAAUGUUAAAGUGAUUAUCAAUGGUACAGCGAACCCAGACGUUAGCUUGGCAUGUGUCGAAGCCCAAUUAUCCAACGGACAAACUGUCGAUCAAAAGGGUGUAGGAUGGGCAACUGCUGUUAUCGCUGGGUUGGCUUUGGUAGCUUCUGCUGUAACAUCUGGAUUGGGUCAUUCAAACACUGCUGCUCAUGUAGCAUCCAACGCCUUGUCACUCUUUGGCUAUUUCCAAGCCCAAGCCAUGAUCGGACUCACUGCUGUUCCUCUUCCACCUAUUGUUCAAUCGUGGACUCAAAACUUUGAUUGGAGCAUGGGUAUAAUUGAGGUUGAUUUCAUGCAAAGCAUUGCAACUUGGUAUCAAAAGUCUACUGGUGGAACUCCAGCCACACUCUUGAACACUUUAACCACUACCUCCGUUCAAGUCGAGAAACGUUCUAUCGGAAAGAGAUCAGUCGAACAUACCAUUAAACUUCUCACUCGAGCACACGAAGUCUUGACGAAACGAGCCGAUACCACGACAACAACUGGUUCAUACCUUGUCAAAGGUGUUAAGAGAGUAGCAUUCCGCGCCGGUAUCGAAUCGACCAAUUUAUUCUUGACUGGUCUUGCUUUCUUCUGUAUCUUUAUCGUUUUCACCAUUUUAUUUGUUGCAUUGUUCAAGGGAUUCUGUGAACUUGCGGUUAGAAUGAAGUGGAUGAAAUCUGACAAAUUCCUGGAUUUCCGUAAUGGAUGGUUCACUGUUCUCAAGGGUAUCAUGUUCCGCAUGGUUCUUAUUGGAUACCCUCAGAUGACCAUUUUAUGUCUUUGGGAGUUCACCCAAAAUGAUUCGCCCGCAGAAAUUGUUUUGGCCAUUUUCUUCUUCUUUGGUAUGACAGGUACUCUCGCUUGGGCAGCUAUGAAAGUUGUUCGAAUCGCCAAACGAUCGGUUUUGAUGCACAAGAACCCAGCUUACAUUCUCUACUCUGAUCCUUCGGCUCUCAACAAGUGGGGUUUCCUUUACGUCCAAUUUAGAGCAACGGCUUAUUAUUUCAUCCUUCCAACGUUGAUCUACAUUUUGAUCAAGGGAAUGUUCAUUGCAUUCGGACAAAACGCAUCUACAGUUCAAGCUAUUGCUCUUCUUUUGAUUGAAGCAGCGGCUUUGAUUGGAGCUAGUGUCAUUCGACCAUGGAUGGACAGAAGUACCAAUUCUUUCAAUAUCGCCAUUUGUGCCAUCAACUUCUUAAAUACUAUUUUCCUUUUGGUUUUCACGGAUAUUUUCAAUCAACCUGGUAUCGUCACUGGUGUUAUGGGGGUUAUCUUCUUCAUCAUCAACGCCGUCUUUUCCUUGGUUCUUCUCAUUCUUGUUUUACUUGCUACGAUCUAUGCUUUUAUCCGCAAGAACCCAGACAGUCGUUACUUGCCAAUGACUGAUGAUCGUGCAUCAUUCAUCAAGUCAAACACUGGCUUGACUACCGAGUUGGAUGCUUUGGGAGCUACCGCUAGAGGCGAUAAAGCUGGAUACAAACACAACCUCGAUUUAGAUGAUGACAACGAUUCAUGGUCCUCGGAUUCUAUGAGAAACCCCGCAAACACGCCACUUCCACCUUCUACAGCCGGUACAGGAGCAUAUAGAGAUACGAACCCAUCAGUUAGAGAAGCACCUAAUUCACCUAUCGAUCCUUCGGUUCCUCUUUUCCCAGCAACCAACUCUCGUGGUCCACCACCAAAUUAUCAAGAUGGACGACCAAACAGCAAUGCUCCUUUGAUGUAUGGAAGUGAUAGAUCAAACAACGCAUCGCCAGCUCCAUAUAGAGAUAAUCAAUCGACAUCUAAUCUGUCGACAGGAUAUAGAUCACAAAACAGUGGUAGUCCUGCACCAGGGGGGUUCAGACAACAGAAUCAGAACCAGAGCAAUGCUAGUCCUUGGCAACGUGGAGCAGGUUAUGAUCAUUAA